CCCACCCCCUGCUAUAAUUUGCCUUCCGAUUCAGAACCACGUUCAUUUCCCGUACCUUCCAGUGGUAUCUUCACCAACCGCGCGUUGCUUAGCAGGAAGCUGCCAUCGAUAGUUUUCUAUUGACAAAUCGCAUCAGGAAAAUAAGUGAAAGUCGAUGGUUGUCCAUUCUUUCUCAUCUUUCAUCCGACCCCCUCCCCUUCUCAUAGAUAGCUAGCAUCCUAGCAAAUCCCCGACGGUGACUGGAGAGUUAAAACGCUGAAAACGCGUAGCCUAAGCAACUACAAUUUUAUUUCUUUCGAAUUCAAUCGCUUUUUGUGUGAACAGUUUGACUAGCUACUCUCGUACAACAUCAGUCGCGUGCUUUCGUAAUUCCUCUCCUCAACUGAGAUUUCCUGGUUUAAAUCGAGUUUGUCUGGAUUUUUUCUACUUUUUUCCCCUCUGGCGUUGCCAACGCAACACAGAUAGCCUGUCUGAACGCUGUCGUUCUUCGAAAAAACCUCCUGUGGCACUGAGACUCAUCGGUCUACGAUUUCUCCCCUGUCUACAUAGUCUCCAUCCAAUACCAACAACAUGUUGGACCCAUCUUCCAGUGAGGAGGAAGCGGAUGAGAUAGUGGAAGAAGAACGCAAAGAGGUGAUGGCACCAAAGACCGGGGGCGCACGGGUGUCACCCAGCCGGACCACAGAGAGUUCUGGUGGGCUCCAGCCCUCGAGCCGGGGAAGCAGCGCUUGUCCAUCCAGCCCCAGCCCCUCGGUGGCCAGCGAGAAGGAGAAAGAGGAUCUGGAAAAGAUGCAGAGGGAGGAGGAAGAGCGAAAGAAGAGGCUCCAGCUCUAUGUCUUUGUGAUGCGCUGCAUUGCCUACCCUUUUAAUGCCAAGCAACCCACCGACAUGGCCAGACGACAACAGAAGAUCAGUAAGCAGCAGCUACAGACAGUGAAGGAGCGUUUCCAGGCCUUCCUCAGUGGUGACACCCAGAUAGUGGCAGACGAGGCCUUCAUCAAUGCAGUCCAGAGCUACUAUGAUAUAUUCCUGAAGAGUGACCGUGUGUCCCGGAUGGUCCAGAGUGGAGGCUGCUCGGCCAGUGACUCACGGGAGGUUUUCAAGAAGCACAUUGAGAAGCGUGUCCGUAGCCUGCCGGAGAUCGACGGCCUAAGUAAGGAGACAGUGCUCAGCUCCUGGAUGGCCAAGUUUGACACCAUCUACCGCGGAGAGGAGGACCCCAGGAAGCACCAGCAGCGGAUGACGGCCAGUGCAGCCUCAGAGCUCAUCCUCAGUAAGGACCAGCUCUACGAGAUGUUCCAGUCCAUCCUGGGCAUCAAGAAGUUUGAGCACCAGCUCCUCUACAACGCCUGCCAGCUUGAUAACCCAGACGAGCAGGCUGCACAGAUCAGGAGAGAGCUGGACGGACGACUGCAGAUGGCUGAUCAGAUCGCCAGGGGUGGCAAGUUUCCCAAGUUUGUUUCCAAAGAGAUGGAGGCCAUGUUCAUAGAGGAGCUGAGAUCUUCAGUGAACCUGCUGAUGGCUAACCUGGAGAGCAUGCCCGUGUCCAAGGGAGGAGAGUUCAAACUGCAGAAGCUCAAACGCGGACAUAACACCUCCAUCAUAGACAUGGGCCAGGAGGAUGAGAACACGCUGUCCAAGUCUGAUGUGGUGCUCUCCUUCACUCUGGAGGUGGUGAUAGUGGAGGUUCAGGGGUUAAAGUCAUUGGCGCCCAAUCGGAUCGUCUACUGCACCAUGGAGGUGGAGGGGGGGCAUAAGCUCCAGACUGACCAGGCCGAGGCCUCCAAACCAACCUGGGGGACCCAGGGGGACUUCACCACCACACACCCUCUACCUGCUGUCAAGGUGAAGUUGUUCACUGAGAGCACAGGAGUCCUGGCCCUGGAAGACAAAGAGCUGGGCAGGGUGGUGCUCCAUCCGACCCCGAACAGCCCCAAACAGUCCGAACUACACAAGAUGUCCGUGUCCAAAGGCUGCCCUGACAGUGACCUGAAGAUCAAACUGGCCAUCCGCAUGGACAAGCCACAAAACAUGAAGCACUGUGGGUACCUAUGGGCUAUUGGUAAAAAUGUGUGGAAGAGAUGGAAGAAGAGAUUCUUUGUUUUGGUGCAGGUGAGCCAGUACACCUUUGCCAUGUGCAGCUACAGAGAGAAGAAGGCAGAGCCUGUGGAGCUGCUCCAACUGGACGGCUACACUGUAGACUACACCGACCCUCAGCCAGGUCUUGACGGUGGGAGGACCUUCUUCAACGCGGUAAAGGAAGGCGACACUGUGAUCUUUGCCAGUGAUGACGAGCAGGACCGCAUCCUGUGGGUCCAGGCCAUGUACCGGGCCACGGGCCAAUCCCACAAACCCAUCCCCCCCACCCAGGUCCAGAAACUCAACAACAGAGCGGGCUCCGCACCCCAGCUAGACGCACCCAUCUCCCAGUUCUACGCGGACCGGGCGCAAAAACAUGGCAUGGAUGAGUUCAUCUCAGCCAACCCCUGCAGCUUUGACCACUCCUCCCUAUUUGAGAUGGUGCAGCGCCUCACCCUGGACCACAGACUCAAUGACUCCUACUCCUGUUUGGGUUGGUUCAGUCCAGGCCAGGUGUUUGUCAUGGAUGAGUACUGUGCUCGUAAUGGUGUGCGGGGGUGUCACAGACACCUGUGUUACCUGGGUGACCUGCUGGAGAGGGCAGAGAACGGGGCUAUGAUCGACCCCACCCUGCUGCACUACAGCUUUGCCUUCUGUGCCUCACACGUCCACGGCAACAGGCCUGACGGGAUAGGAACAGUCACUGUGGAGGAGAAGGAGCGCUUUGAGGAUAUCAAAGAGAGGCUGCGUGUUCUGCUGGAGAACCAGAUCACACACUUCAGGUACUGUUUUCCAUUUGGUCGACCGGAGGGGGCCCUGAAAGCCACUUUGUCCCUGCUUGAGAGGGUGCUGAUGAAGGAUAUUGUGACCCCUGUGCCCCAGGAGGAGGUGAAGACAGUCAUCCGUAAAUGUCUGGAGCAGGCAGCCUUGAUCAACUACCAGCGCCUCUCAGAAUACGCCAAAGUAGAAGGGAAAAAGAGAGAAAUGUAUGAGCAUCCUGUCUUCUGCUUGGCGUCUCAAGUGAUGGAUUUAACCAUUCAGAAUGUAGGGCGCUUAGUCACCCCUGCCAAAAAGCUGGAGGACACCAUCCGUCUGGCCGAGCUGGUCAUCGAGGUCCUCCAACAGAACGAGGAGCACCAUGCAGAGGCUACAGUCACAAGUACUGGAAAUCAGUCGGGCAAAGAGGCGUUUGCGUGGUGGUCAGACCUGAUGGUGGAGCACGCGGAGACCUUCCUGUCUCUGUAUGCGGUGGACAUGGACGCUGCUCUGGAGGUGCAGCCCCCUGACAGCUGGGACAGCUUCCCUCUCUUCCAACUCCUCAACGACUUCCUGAGGACCGACUAUAACCUGUGCAACGGACAGUUCCACAGACACCUGCAGGACCUGUACGCCCCCCUGGUGGUACGAUAUGUGGACCUCAUGGAGUCAUCUAUCGCCCAGUCCAUCCACAGGGGCUUCGAGAGAGAGUCCUGGGAGCCUGUCAAGAGCCUAACAAGUAAUCUUCCUGAUUUGAAUCUACCAAAUGUCAACCUCCAAAUGCCCAAAGUACCAAAUCUACCACCAGUUAGCCUCCUAACAAUGUCUAGCUUUUCUACACCCAACUGGAUGGCAGCUACAUGUGACUCAGAUAAUGGCUCGGGGACGUCCGAGGACCUAUUCUGGAAGCUGGAUGCACUGCAGACCUUCAUCAGAGACCUGCACUGGCCUGAGGAGGAGUUUGGCAAACACCUGGAGAGCAGGCUCAAACUCAUGUCCAGCGACAUGAUCGAGUCCUGCGUCAAACGAACGAGGGUGGCCUUUGAGUCCAAGCUCCAGAAGAGCAGUCGGACCACAGACCUCCGCGUGCCUCAGUCCAUCUGCACCAUGUUCAACGUGAUGGUGGAUGCCAAGGCCCAGUCAGCCAAGCUGUGUGCCAUGGAGCUGGGACAGGAGAGACAGUACCAUUCCCAAAUCGACGCUCUCAUAGAGGAGACUGUGAAGGAGAUGAUCACCUUACUGGUAGCAAAGUUCGUGGUCAUUCUAGAGAGUGUCCUAGCCAAACUGUCCAGAUACGAUGAGGGCACACUCUUCUCCUCCUUCCUCUCUUUCACAGUGAAAGCUGCAUCAAAGUAUGUGGAUGUACCUAAGCCUGGGAUGGACAUUGCAGAUGGUUACGUGACCUUUGUCCGCCAUUCUCAGGACAUGCUGCGGGAUAAGGUCAAUGAGGAGGUGUACAUAGAAAGGUUAUUUGCCCAAUGGUACACCAGCACCAUGAACCUCCUGGGUACGUGGCUGACUGACCGAAUGGACCUACAGCUCCAUGUCUACCAACUCAAGAUCCUCAUCAGAGUAGUCAAGAAAAAGUACCGUGACUUCCGGCUGCAGGGCGUCCUGGACUCCACACUAAACAGUAAGAUGUACGACACGGUGCGGAACAGACUGACCCUGGAGGAGGCCACGGCGUCGGUGAGGGAAGGAGGGAUGACGGGCAUAUCCAUGAAGGACAGUGAUGAAGACGACGAUGCUGACUAGAUCAACAUCACCGGAUGGAGCCUGUGAAUCAAUGCAUGUACGAACUGUGUUAACCACUGGACCAAUCUUAUAGGUUUAUUAUUUUUCUCUGUCAGAUAGAAAUACCCAGGAAGGAACAACAAUAUUAAAAAGUAAUAACUGAAUACAUAAAUUAUAAUUAUAUUAGUAAUUAUAAUUAUAAAAUAUAUAUAUUUAUGUGUUGAACUGAAAAGUGUAGGUGUUUUACGAAAAAAGUUAGCAUUCGCCUAUAUUCACUCCUGAAUGUUCCUAAGCAAUAUGGAGAACCAUGUGUAUGCGAUGUUGAGUACCAUGAUUAGGGAUAAUGCUUGGUGUGUACCUGUUGAAUGCAAACCUGUUGAGGCGCUUUGUUAACGUACUGUGAAUACAGUAAUGGUACAUUAUUGUGAGGAGGAGAGUAAGACCUCCUAUUGUUCUCAUUCAUCUCAGAGCAAAUAUCUACUGCCUAAAGGGAACCAAACUACAGACAGCCAGACAACCUGUUUGUAUCUAGGUUACAAUACAUUAUAAAAAGUAGCUAUCCAUUCUCUCUCCUCUCAUAACAACAUCAAUGUAGAAUUUACUUUGUUGACUCAAUUAAAUACUCCAACAUUUUCCCUCACUGGCAAAACAUUUCGCCACCUUUUUAAAUAAUGAGUUGUUGUUUUAGAAAUGCAAUAUUUUAAUUGUUUCAUUGUUAAGUCUUGUUGACGUAUUUAUUGAUUGUUUUUUUGUUUUUUAAAACAUUUUAGAUUUUUUUCAAAUAUGUUAUAUUUUAGUUAUAAUAGUACUUAGCACACAAAUAUAUAAUCACAAAGGGAAAAGAGACUUUAUUCUGUGUCCCCUAUACUUCAGCCAUUCCAGGAGAUGAUGUGUUUCCACACUUUUAUAUCUUUAUUGUGAGAGAUGAUAUCUGCCAGUUUUUUCUCUGCCGCUGAUGUUGUUUUGUAUAUACACACACUGUACAUUGCCGUGUGUGCAGUUACUGCAUGUCCCAGGUAUCCUCUUUUCUCCAAAAGCGUGUUUGUUCUCUGUGUAAAGUUACUGGUGGAGUAAUUUUGCUUCUUCCUUAUGGGAGCCUAUAGAACUGGGGCCCACAAAGUGAAAAUAAAAGUAUCUGUACAAACAUA